AUGACCUCAGCGCUCGGGCAGCACGGCGAUGAAUGCCCGCGGGACUCCGUCAUGACCGGUGCUGCGGGCCGGGCCGGGCCGGGAGGCGGCGGUGGGGUCAGCCCGUGGCGCUUCUUCCCUCCGUGUCGCGCUGCUCUCGGCCCCGGGCCCCGCUUCUCACCGUGCCCGUCCAUCUGGGGCCGAUUUCCCCGAGGGCCUGGAGCAGCUCGGACCGAGCUCAGGGAAGCGCAGCCAACAACACCGGCCGGGUGCGCGUUCCCGGGCGCCCCGUCACGGGCGGCAGUUGAGUCACCGGCCCGCCCCGUGCCGGGCUUCGCCACAGAACCGACAUCACACCGGCACCACAGCGGCGCCGCGGCCAUGGAGCCCGCUCCCAGCACGGCGGACCUCAUCCGCGCCUCCACCGAAGCGUACCUCUCCCGGAACGCCAUGGCGCGACGCACGCGGAGCAGCCGGGCCUGGCACUUCGUCCUGAGCGGGGUGCGCCGCGAGGCUGACAGCCGGGCGCUCGCUUUGGCCACAGGCGCACGAGGCUGGGGCUAUGACUCCGAUGGGCAGCACAGUGACUCGGAUUCGGAGCCGGAGUUUUCCACCCUCUCGCCCUCCAUCCCGAGCGCCAUCCCCGUGACAGGAGAGUCCUACUGCAACUGUGAGAACCAGAGUGAAGCUCCCUACUGCUCCAGCCUGCACGCCCUGCACCGCGUCAAGGACUGCCAGUGUGGCGAGGAGGAUGAGUAUUUUGACUGGGUGUGGGAUGACCUGAAUAAGUCGACGGCCACCCUGCUGACCUGUGACAACCGCAAGGUGAACUUCCACAUGGAGUACAGCUGUGGCACCGCAGCUAUCCGAGGCAACAAGGAGCUGGCAGACGGGCAGCAUUUCUGGGAGAUCAAGAUGACCUCUCCAGUGUAUGGCACAGAUAUGAUGGUGGGAAUUGGGACGUCGGAUGUGAAUCUGGACAAGUACCGCCACACCUUCUGCAGCCUGCUGGGCAAGGACGAGGACAGCUGGGGACUCUCCUACACAGGACUACUGCAUCACAAGGGUGACAAGACAAACUUCUCCUCGAGGUUUGGCCAGGGCUCCAUCAUCGGGGUGCAUCUGGACACGUGGCAUGGAACACUCACGUUCUUCAAAAACCGCAAGUGCAUAGGGGUUGCAGCUACAAAGCUGCAGAACAAGAAGUUCUACCCCAUGGUGUGCUCGACAGCAGCCAAGAGCAGCAUGAAGGUGAUCCGCUCCUGUGCCAGCUGCACUUCUCUGCAGUACCUGUGCUGCUACCGCCUGCGCCAGCUCCUCCCCAACUACGUGGACACGCUGGAGGUGCUGCCGUUGCCACCAGGACUCAAGCAAGUGCUACACAACAAACUGGGGUGGGUCUUGAGCAUGAACUAUAGCACAUCGAAGCCUUCCUCCUCAUCGUCGGGAAGCGACUCAGAUAGCUCCUGUGGCUCAGAUGCAGAGGCCUGCCAAAGGAAGAGGUGCAGGAGGACAUGAUGUCUCUUCAGACGAACUGCUUUGAGGGAGCUGGGUGGGGUUUUGUUCUGCUGUCUGUGAGGGCAGCCCAGGCCUGAUGCACCUGUUUCUUCACAGGGACAUCCAUUUCUACUUGUUUAUGAAGAUUUCUCUUGUGCUGGUUGAAAUCUUUAGCCUAAGCAUUCAUCACUUGCAUUGAAAAUACCCGCUGACCUAAAGAGGUGUCAGCUCUGUGAAAUACACAAACUGCAGCCCAACACCUGAAGUUAAUCUCCUGCUGAUUUGAAAGUUGUCACUUCUUUCUGAAGAACCUCUUUGCUGUAGGCUGGCAGUAGAGGUGAGAUUUAAGGUGGCUUCUCUAUCUCAAAGCCUACUUCUUGCAAACUGUAACAAUUCAUCAAAAGACAGAAUGAAAGACCAGUCCCUCUCCUCCUAACUGUCGUGUGUUGGUUUGGUAUCUGCAAUGAAUUCAUCACAUUGUGGGGCAUGAUUGAACUGCAGCACUUAGGGAAACGGGCUCUGAGAGAUGCACCUGUGCCACUUGUGAAAGAGCAGUUACUUGAGAGAGUUGAACUGUUAGCGAUCUUUCUUGAGCACCCCCUCCAUGACUUUAAUUGCUUUGCAUGUUGGCUACUGCUGCUUCUCCUGUAUCAAAGACUGUAUUGAACUGUGAUAAUAAAAGUAUAAACUGCUUUUCA